GCGUCGCCAGUGGCCAUCUUGGAGGCGGGCCGUGCGGAGUGGAGCUCAGUGCCGCGUCCUCCGGCUCUUCUCCGAACUGUAGCACUACUCCUGAGUGCCCUGUCUCCCGUUGGUGCUGCCACGCAGGCGUUUGCUCUAGACCCCAGUACACCAUCAUUGAAGCAAAAUGAUGGAAGAGAGUGGAAUAGAGACCACACCCCCUGCGACCCCUCCCCUGACCCUGGCAGGGAUGGCAGCCCCCGCCAUGUCUUCAACUCCAGCUGCGGCCAGUUCUUUUGCCUCUCCAAACGUGUCCACGAUGGAGUCCUUGCCCCCACACGCUUACUCUGCUUCUCAGCCGUCCCAUCCUCCUGUGCAGCCCUCAGCCCCGCUGCCUUUUGUGCCUCUCUCACCGCCACCUUCUGUGCCACCCCUCAGUACUUCUGUGUCCCCUCCGCUUCCUUCAACAACUGCUGCCACCUUCAGUAAUCCUCCUUUGUCUCACUUUCCACCUGCAAGCUCUGCCCCAGGUGCUCUUUUACCUGCACCUCCUCCGGGUCCUCCUAUAUCAGGAUUCUCUGUUGGUGCAUCUUAUGACAUCACGCGGGGACAUGCUGGGAGAGCACCUCAGACGCCGCUGAUGCCGUCCUUUUCUGCACCGCCAGUGACGGGUGUUUUGCCAACUCCGAUUACUCAGCAAGCCUGCCUGACGUCUCUGGCCCCAGGAACUGGAAUUACCUCAGCCAUCACCUUCCCAGAGGAACAGGAAGAUCCUAGAGUUAACAGAAGUCAUGAUGAGGCAUCUGCUGGAGGAAUCUGGGGCUUUAUUAAGGGCGUGGCUGGGAAUCCUAUGGUGAAAUCUGUGCUUGAUAAGACAAAACAUUCAGUAGAAAGCAUGAUUACAACGCUGGACCCUGGCAUGGCUCCUUAUAUCAAGUCCGGAGGUGAACUGGAUAUUGUCGUGACCUCAAAUAAAGAAGUAAAAGUGGCUGCUGUCCGAGAUGCCUUUCAGGAAGUCUUUGGCUUAGCUGUGGUCGUAGGGGAAGCUGGACAGUCCAAUAUUGCCCCACAACCAGUGGGCUAUGCAGCUGGAUUAAAAGGCGCCCAGGAGCGGAUAGAUAGCUUGCGUCGAACUGGAGUCAUCCACGAGAAGCAGACUGCUGUGUCAGUAGAAAACUUCAUUGCAGAGCUGCUGCCCGACAAAUGGUUUGACAUUGGGUGUUUGGUAGUGGAAGACCCCGUCCAUGGCAUUCAUCUAGAAACCUUUACCCAAGCCACACCCGUGCCUUUGGAAUUUGUUCAACAGGCUCAAAGUCUGACUCCCCAGGACUACAACCUACGGUGGUCAGGCCUUUUGGUAACAGUGGGCGAAGUCCUGGAAAAGAGUUUACUGAAUGUCAGCAGGACUGACUGGCAUGUGGCCUUUACCGGUAUGUCGCGGCGACAGAUGAUCUACAGUGCAGCCAAGGCUGUGGCAGGCAUGUACAAACAGCGCCUGCCCCCCAGGACCGUGUGAGAGGAGACGCGGCGCACUACGACGUCUUCCUUGGAACUUGCUGUCAAGAAGAAAUUGUAUCUUCUUAAACUGAGUAACUUCAGUGAAUCUAGAGGUUUUGUAAUAUUUCCUGCAAUAUUUUUCCUAGACGGGCAUGGUAUCAUUCCAAUAGAAGAAAAGCAUAGGUCUUUUUUAUAACUAUAUAAUUGUGCCUGCCCUAGUUCUCAAAAAAGAAAAUAUACAAAUAUAUUUAUAAUAAGUACAACUUAACAUGCCAGAUUUAUACAAUGGGAACUCAUUUGCAAACACAUUGAAUUUUCUCAUCUGUACCUGAUUUUGUUUUAAAGACUUGUUUAUUGAGUUUAUUUUGUGUCUGUGUACCUGACCUUGGUCUGAUGUGAGCAGAGUGCUCAGCAGUUUACCCUAAGACACCUACUUGUCGGGAUGUGUUGCACGUUUCUAUGCAUGUUUUAUACCUUGUGGGCUACAAGAAGAGAAUUGAGCGUUUCUUUCUGGUCCUCACGUAUACAUAUAGUUCAGAAAGUUAUACUUGUUCCCUUUCUAAAAAUAAUUUUUGGUAUUUUGCAGAUUUAUACUAUGAACAUUGGGAUAAUACAUUGUAUUUUUUCAUUGGUGUAUAACAACUAAAGAACAAAUGACCCAAGUAUGCUUUGGAUUAAAUGUAUCUGUGUUGUUUUUGUAUAAUACUGAUCAGCACUUCCAAGGAUAAACUCUGACAACAGCCGUCUUUCUGCUUCUGCUUAUAUUUUCCAUACUGUAAAAGUUUUAGGGGGAUGGUAUGCUUAUUUUAAUUAAGGUUUCUUCUUACUUGGUUUGCCUUAAACACUACUUUUUUAACUUUGUGCCAUUCUGCCUCUUUUAUAGACAUUUUCAAACAAACAUUUUUAUUUAGUCUAAUUUUUUAAAUUCAUUAUGUUUGUAUUUAGUGAAAGCAUUUUCUUCCCUCAGAUAAUAUAUCUUAACCAUUUUUGGAUUUAUAUAAAUCAAAAAUGAGUAAAUUUUUUCUUAUGCAGUGGAACUCUAUGCAAGUUCAUGUAACUUUAAUGAUAGUUUCAUAUAUAAAUGUAAUUUAAUUUGUAUUUACUCUCCUAUGCAGUUAUUUAGACGUAAAAAGUGACAAUUUCUGCCAGUUAUAUAGGUAUCAAAGCUUCUAUCUGGUACUGUUUUUACAUGUAAGGUUUGUUUUGUAUUAGUGAUAUUUCUAAUGAUUAUUUCAUUUCUCUCAUUUGCUACCUGAGAAUGACAAUUCUUAGUUUUGAAACUAUUUUACUUUCCAAGCACUGUGUAAUCAUUUUUCAGAGAAAUUCAGACAUUAGCAUCAUUCAGAGCAGUGAGAGAAGUGAGAUACAAUCAUUUACUAUUGUGAACUUUUGCCCAGGAGCAAUAGGAACAGAAUACUUCUCUUUGUAGGAAAGAGAAGUCUUUCUCUACUAUUCUGCCUCAUUCAUAAAGCUGCCCUUUUCUGAUGGUAUUUAUCAGGGCAUUGGCCUCAUGAUAGAAGCUCAGUCUUUUAAUACCGGCUGAAGCCCAUAAUUUAAAUAAUUCUGCUACUUCCAUAUUGCAGGGAAAUACAGGUCUUAAAAAUAUCUGAAAUUUUAUUUGGUUUGGUUUGGUUUUUACCACUUCUGAAGUCUCUUCCUUAAUGCUUUUGAAGGUUGCCCUGAUAGAAUCAGUUGGUGUUUUCUUGGGUGAUUUUCCUGCAGCCCCCACAUACCAGUGGCUUAGUUAUGCCAUGGCUUGGUUAAAGUUAGGUAAAUUUUCCUGCACAUGGCAACCUCAAGGUAGACCUUCAGCUCUUUGGAACAGUGUGAGUGGGUGAGGAGGAGUAAACAGAGGCAGAUAGAAGAGAGAAAUCCGUGACCUGGUCUGGCCUCUGAUUCUUUCUUGGUCCACAUUCUCUUAGACAUCAGAGCAUGUUUGACUGUACACACUCAGCUUUCCCAUCUUCCGUUUUGUCUUCCUGGGACUUUCCUGUUACAGCAGGAGCACAAAGAGUAACUCACAGUCUCCAGCACACUGGCAGCUGGGCCUGGCAGUCUCGCUGGUGCCGAGUGUGCAUUAGCUGGGUGAGUCUUGAGUUGGAGGCCACAGGCUGCCUGGUUGGUCCUCGAGCUCCACGUCUCCUUUUCUCUUCCUGUCCUUUCCCUCUAAUCCCACUUUGGCCUCUGUUGGGGGAGAUGGUGGAUGUCUAUUUGCAUUUUUUGUUUGUUUCUUAAGCUUUUUAGAAAAACUCAUUUUUAACACAAUUGAUAUAGUAAUUGUGGUUUUUGUGAUUUUUUUUUUCUGAAGAGUUCCAGAUUACUAAAUUUUAUGUUUUAUAGAUUCACACCAAUUAAUGUUGUAACCUCAUGCACUUAACUUUUUAAUGAGUGUAGAAGAAAAAAACAGGAAAAUUCAGCCUCAGGUUAUUGCUCAGUUUAUUUAAUUCCAGGCUUCUUUUAAUUGUUGUUGUUCUUUCUUUUUUGUUUUCUGCUUAAACCCAGGGCUUCAUGCAUACUAGGCAAGUGCUCGGCCACUGAGACAACUACCCCCCUGUUAAGGUUUUAGUCCAGUGUCAUGCUGGACUUAAGCUGCACCUCAGAGACUGAAGUUACAAAACUUGUAAGUGAUACUGGUAGCUUCCUCUUCUGACUUACUUGUCCUUUUUGCCUCCACAUUGUUUGUUCCUCAUUCUCUUCAGAUUAAUAAAGUAGAAAAUUGAGAUGAUAUAGACAAAAAAGUAGUAUGAUAGAAUAAGUGUAUGAAAGUACACUGCAGUUGUAUAAUGUAUGUAUGUCUUUUCAGAAAUAUGCAAAUUAUCAGUUAACUCAGGGUCACCUAAAUUAACAUGCAGUUGAACUUCCUCUGUUCCAUGGCUAGAUAAAUUCUAAACAUAAUUUUGUGAUUUGUGAAGCCAAAUCGGUAAUAUUCUUUGUUUUAAAAGUUGUUGGGUUAAACAUAAAUUACUAAAAAAUGUAGAUUUCUACUCCCAGGAAACAGUGUUCAUUUUGUGAUAUUAUGCAGAAUAAUGUAUGAGUAAAAUCAACUUUGUAAGUAUGUAAAUAUGUCAUAAAUAAAUAAUACUUUGACUUACCUCCCAAA